CCAGUGUAGGCAGGAGAACCGGAGCUCACUCCACCGGCGAUUGGCCACUAUAAAUCCAACCAAAUUAAACAGCCAGUGAGCAAGACCAAACAUCGACCCCAAGCAAGAAGAACCCUGCCGGCCGACCGACAAGUAAUGGCAGAGGAGGAGGAAGCGCCAAAUCCGCCGGAGCGGAAGCCAAAGCCAAAGCCGCCGAUGUCGCGCGUCACGCGGCUGGCCCUGCGAGCCGUGGACUACGUGGCCGACGCCACCCGCCGCGACGACGGCACCUUGAACCGCCGCCUGCUCUCCCUGCUAGACCCGCGCGUCCCGGCCUUCUCCACACCUUGCCGCGGCAUCGCCUGCCGCGACCUCGUCCUCGACCCCGCCCACGGCCUCGGCGCCCGCCUCUUCUUCCACCGCCCGACGCUCGCGGCCGAGGCUCUCCCCGUGAUCGUCUUCUUCCACGGCGGAGGCUUCGCGUUCCUCUCGGCGUGCUCGCUCCCCUACGACGCCGCGUGCCGCCGCAUCGCCCGCUACGCCUCCGCCAGCGUCCUCUCCGUUGACUACCGCCGCGCCCCCGAGCACAAGUUCCCCGCCCCCUACGACGACGGCUUCUCCGCCCUCCGCUUCCUCGACGACCCCGAGAACCACCCCUCGGACGUCCAACUCGACGUCUCCCGGGUCUUCCUCGCCGGGGACAGCGCGGGGGGCAACAUCGCGCACCACGUCGCCCGCCGCUACGCCGCCGCCGAGUCCUCGACGUUCAGUAACGUCCGGAUCAAGGGCUUGAUCGCGAUCCAGCCCUUCUUCGGGGGCGAGGAGCGCACGGGGUCAGAGCUCCGGCUCGACGGCGCGCCCAUCGUGUCCGUGGGACGGACCGACUGGAUGUGGCGCGCGUUCCUGCCGCCGGGCGCCGACCGGAGCCACGAGGCAGCGUGCCCCGAUGCGGCGGCCGUGGAGGAGGAGGAGGAGUUCCCGCCGGUGCUGCUGGUGGUGGGCGGCUACGACCCGCUGCAGGACUGGCAGAGGCGGUACGGGGAGGCGCUGAGGGGGAAGGGGAAGGAGGUGGAGGUGCUGGAGUACCCGGAGGGAAUCCACGCCUUCUUCCUCUUCCCCGAGUUCAGCCACGCGCGCGACCUCAUGCUGCGCAUCGCCGAGUUCGUCGCCGGCAGCAGCAGCCGCGGCGGUGGCGGCGAGUGACGUAGACCAGCCUGUUUGCUUGGGGUGGCGUGUUUUGCUUGUAGUUUCGUCCCGUGGUGCGGCGGCCUUUUUGAGUCUUACUUUUGGUUAAAGCUUGGCGCUGAUGAAUUUGAAAACUAGACUAGGUUGGUGUUGUGAUUCUGUACGUGGUGGUUCAGCAGCAAUGUGCCGAGCAUAUACGUACACAGGUCAGGUGCUAAAGAAUCAUCGUUCGCGAUUUUCUUAGCGUCUAUUUUUGGGACCCAUGCAUAAGACUUAUUUAUUUUCGUCUUGCUAUAGCAUAGUUUGGUUGGUAUUUUUUAAUAAAUCGGUCGUAUUCUGCACCGUC